AUGGAGGGUUCAACUCCUAUCCCAGAGCCCCAGGGCUUGCCGCUCUUGGGAAAUAUCAAGGACGUGAACCCAGAGUUCCCUCUAGGGUCCAUGGUGGGACUUGCAGAUGAGCUUGGUGAAAUCUAUCGCUUGCGAUUCCCCGGCCGAACCACAGUCUUCAUUUCGACAUAUGAGUUGGUGAAUGAAGUUUGCGAUGAGAAACGAUUCAAGAAAUCCGUCAAUUCGGCAUUGAGUGAAGUCAGAAAUGGUGUGCAUGAUGGUCUCUUCACGGCAAGAGAGGGCGAAGUCAACUGGGGCAUUGCCCACCGAGUCCUCAUGCCAGCAUUUGGACCACUAUCAAUCCAGAGCAUGUUCGACGAAAUGCACGAUAUCGCCACGCAAUUGGCGCUGAAGUGGGCUCGUUAUGGACCAGAGACACCGAUCAUGGUGACAGACGACUUCACGCGCCUGACGUUGGAUACCCUGGCGCUGUGCUCGAUGGGCUUCCGCUUCAACAGCUACUACUCGCCCGAGCUACACCCGUUUAUUGAAGCCAUGGGCGACUUUCUCACGAUGUCCGGUGAACGGCCCAGAAGGCUUCCUUUGCCCUCCAUAUUCUACAAGGGCCAGGACGAGAAGUACGAGGCUGAUAUCCAGAUUUUGCGGAAGACGGCGGAGGGUGUGCUGAAGUCGCGGAAGGCCCAUAAGAGUGAGCGGAGGGAUCUCCUGACGGCGAUGUUGGAGGGGGUUGAUUCGAAGACCGGGCAGAGCAUGACGGAUGAGAGUAUCAUGGACAAUCUGAUUACGUUCCUGAUUGCGGGCCAUGAGACAACGUCGGGGUUAUUGUCCUUUGCGUUCUAUCAGCUUUUGAAAUAUCCGGAGAUUUACCGCAAGGCGCGGCAGGAGGUGGAUGACGUGGUCGGUGAAGGAACUAUCAAAGUUGAGCAUAUGUCGAAGCUUCCCUAUAUUGCGGCGAUUCUUCGUGAGACGCUGAGGAUAAACGCCACGAUUCCGUUGUUCACGGUCGAGGCAUAUGAAGAUACGCUCAUUGGAGGAAAAUACGCUGUCAAGAAGGGAGAGACAAUCGUCAGUCUUUUGGCGAAAUCGCACCUGGAUCCCGCUGUCUACGGCGAGGAUGCCAAUGAGUUCAAGCCGGAAAGAAUGUUGGACGAGAACUUCAACCGGCUCACCCGCGAAUUUCCUAACUGCUGGAAGCCGUUCGGCAAUGGCAUGCGGGCGUGCAUCGGCCGCCCGUUUGCCUGGCAGGAGGCGUUGCUGGUGAUGGCCAUGUUACUCCAGAACUUCGACAUUGAACACGUUGAUCCUGACUACAAGCUCGGGAUUAAGCAGACGCUGACGAUCAAGCCGAAGGAUUUCUUCAUGGCGGCCAAACUGCGAGGCAACAUGUCGCCAACGCAGCUGGAGCGUCGCCUGGCGGGCAUCGAAGCCCCUAUGGAGGCGAGACUUCCUCUCACGAUUCUUUAUGGCUCGAACACUGGCACCUGCGAGGCCUUGGCGCAGCGUCUGGCGGCCGAUGCAGCUUCGCAUGGGUUCCACGCAUCGACGGUCGAUUCUAUGGAUAGUGACUUUGAGGCCUUGCCGACUGAUCGACCUAUCGUGAUUAUCACAGCAUCGUACGAAGGUCAGCCGCCCGAUAAUGCCGCCCGGUUUGUGUCUUGGAUGGAAGGACUCAAUAAGGAAGACAGCCCCUUGAAGGACUUGACCUACGCUGUGUUCGGCUGUGGAAACCAUGAGUGGGCGCAAACCUUCCACCGAAUCCCGAAGCUUGUGGACACGACCUUCGAACAAGCAGGUGCUAGCCGUGUGGCGGACAUUGGGUUGGCGGAUGCCGCGAACGGGGACAUCUUCACCAGCUUUGAGACAUGGGAGGACGAGAUCCUGUGGCCAGCAUUGGCUAAACGUUAUAGCGUUGCUGCAGAGGAGAGCAAGGACAAAGCGGCCCAGGUGGACGCAACCGUGUCCACUCCACGACUCCUGACGCUCCGACAAGACCUGAAAGAAGCUGUUGUUGUCGAUGCCUGGGACCUGUCGACCGGGGAGGAAUCCGUCAAGAGACAUAUCGAGAUCCGCCUCCCAGAAGGCAUGUCGUAUCAACCAGGUGACUACCUCGCCGUAUUGCCUGUCAACCCUAAAGAGAAUGUUCACCGGGCCAUGCGCCGCUUUGGCCUCGCCCGGGACGCACAUAUCACCAUUACCACCAAAGGACAGACAUCUCUUCCGUCCAACGAGUCAGUAUCCGCUUAUGAUAUUCUGAGCUCUUACAUUGAGCUGGCGCAACCUGCCACAAAACGUAACAUCCUCUCGCUCGCUGAAGCAGCGCAAGACGAGCAUACCAAAGCCGAACUCAACCACCUCGCCACAGAAGUCUACGGCAAAGAAAUCAGCGCCAAAACCGUCUCCGUCCUCGAUCUUCUCGAGCGCUACCCGUCCGUCACCCUGUCCCUGGGCUCAUUCCUCUCGAUGAUGCCCCCCAUACGAGUCCGGCAAUACUCAAUCUCCUCCUCCCCACUCUUCAACCCUAACCACGCAACCCUAACCUUCACUAUCCUCGACAAACCCGCCCUCUCGGGCCAAGGCCGCCACAUCGGCGUCGCCUCCUCGUACCUCGCCUCGCUAAUGAAAAGCGACGUCCUCUCCGUCUCUAUCCGCCAUCCACAGGCACCCUUCCGCCUCCCUGAGAACCAGUCGCAAACUCCCAUCAUCUGCAUCGCCGCCGGGACUGGUUUCGCCCCCUUCCGCGGCUUCAUCCAGGAGCGCGCCCUGCUCCUCGCGCAGGGCCAGACGCUAGCGCCUGCAGCCCUGUUCCUGGGCACGCGGUCGCCGGAGCAGGAUGAUUUGUAUGCCGUAGAGCUGGGAGAGUGGGAGCGGGCUGGUGCUGUCGAGGUAUAUAGAGCGUUUAGUAGGGGCUCUGCGGCGAGUGAGGGCUGCAGGUAUGUGCAGGAUCGGGUGUGGAGGGAGAAGGAGAGGUUCAUAGAGCUUUGGGAAGUGGGGGCAAAGGUCUUUGUUUGUGGGUCUAGACGUGUUGGGGACGGCGUUAGGGAGGCGAUUAUUAGGAUUUUGGUUGAGGCUGAGGGUAAGGGUGAGGAUGAGGAUGGAGUCAGGGCGAGGUUUGAGGCGGUUCGGAAUGUGCGCUAUGUGACCGAUGUUUUUGACUAG